AGGAGGAGGAAGAGGAGCCAGAAGGAGACGCUUUUCCUUUUGUGGUAGUUGAAGUCGCUGGAAGAAAAAGGAUCAGGAAUUCUUUGUGCUACACAAGGAGCGAGAUACAAUCCAGACUCGGGUUGAUAUGUGGCGACAAGACGAGCGGGCGUCCCUCAACCAAAGCUGAGCUACUGUUUCGAGAAAGCGAAUCUUUGGGCUAUCAUGGAUGACGACUUUGACCGCCGCAUGGAGCUGAGGAGACAAAGGAGGGAACAGAUGCGCCUGGAAGCCGAGAAAAUGGGCUACACCAACGACGACGACGAGGAGGCGGCUCGGGAGGAAAGGAGACGAGCGAGGGAGGAGAGGAAGAAGAUGAGAGAGUCGGAAGACUUCGGAAGCGGCGUCGUGAUCGGCGCCAACGAUGUGACACCCGGCGAGGCCUCCGCUUCCUCGGCCAUGAGUUUGGCGGCGGCGGACGACGACCAGGCUCUGGAGGAGCGUCUGGCCAAGAGGGAGGAGCGAAGGCAGAAGAGGAUGCAGGAGGCCAUCGAGAGGCAGAAGGAGUUGGACCCGAGUUUCGCUGCGGCCAACGGGCUGGACGAAUCACCAGAAACUCAGGCGGACGAUGACGAUGACGGAGGGAGGCCGAGAGAUGCGAAAGAGGAGGAGAAGAAGGAUGAGGGGGAGGAGGAAGAACCAGUCCAAGAGGACGUGCUUGACGCAACCUCCUGGAAAAAGGAGGAAGAUGAUUCAAAGAAAGAGGAAGAGGAGCCGGUAGAGGUGUCGAUCACACUCGCCUCCAGAACUGAGGAUGCGGGUGAAGCUGAGGAAGAGGAGGCGGCUGCUCCUGAUGUUGAUGAGGAAGCAGAAAGCGAGCAAAGGAGAAGGGAGGGAGAAGAGGAGGAGCGGCGGCGGAAAGAAAUGGAGGAAAAGCGGAGGAUAGAGGAAGAUAGGCAGAAAAAAGAGGAGGAGGAGGAGAGGAAGAGAAAAGAAGAGGAGGAGAGACAAGAAAGGGAAAUGGAAGAGAGGAGGAAGAAGGAAGAGGAGGAAGCGCGAAAGCGGGAGCUGGAGGAGAAACGCCGGAAAGACGAGGAAGAGGCGGAAAAGCGAAGACGACGGGAGCUGGAGGAGGAGAAGAAACGGAAGGAGGAGCAGGAAAAACGGGAGAUGGAGGAGAAGGAGAGGAAAGCGGAGGAGGAAAAGCGGCAGAAAGAAGCCGAGGAGGAGAGGAAGAAAAAGGCGGAGGAGCAGAAGAGGAGAGAGACGGAAGAGAGGAAGAAGAAAGAAGAGGAGGAAAAACGGAAAAAGGAAGCCGAAGAGAGGAACAAAAAAGACGAGGAGAAACGCAAAAAGAGGGAGAUGGAGGAGAAGAGGAAGAAAGAGGAGGAUGACAAGCUAAAGAGAGUGGGGAUCAAAGAUAAGAAUGCAGCGACCAAACUAAAUGGAGCACUCAUCGAGAAUAAACUGAAAAAACCUGACAAGCUAUCCAGGGACGACGUACCCUCGACGGGGUCGGACGUCUCCGAGCGGCAGGAGGCCGAGCACAAACUGCAGGAGCUCCAGAGACGGCGGAACGACGCGCAGAGCGAGGAGAUGGAGAAGAUGAAACUGAAGCAGCACCACGCCGAGGCUGAGCUGGAGGAGCUGAAGAGGAAGAGGGAGGAGAGGAAGAAGGUCCUUGGGGAGGAGGAGAAGCAGAAGAAGCAAGAGCUGGAGGACAAAAAAAGCAAAGAGCAGGAGGAGAGGAAGAGGAUGAGGGAGGAGAUUGAGAAGAGGAGAGCGGAGGCUGCGGAGAAGAAGAAACAGCUGGAGCAAGAACCCGUGAAGCCCUCGUUCACCAUCACCCCCAAAGGUUCAUCCAAGAUCGGGGAGAAGGCGGAAUUCUUGAGCAAGUCGGCGCAGAAAAGCGUGAGAGCGUCGCACGCCCCCAUCGUCUCCAAGAUCGGAAGCAGACUCGAACAGUACGCCUCGGCCGUACAGGGGAACAAAGAUGUGAAAUCUCCCAAACCUCUCAUGGCUGACAUCCCCUCAGGGGGCACGCGUAGCAUCAAGAGCAUGUGGGAGAGUGGCAACAUGUCCGAGACUCCAGCAAAUAAGGAUACGGUGUCUAUCAAAGGAAACGUCGCCAGCCGGAUGGCGAAAGCCGCACAGGCCGAGAAGACGGCGCCUCCCGCGUCAGAACCGCCACCAGAGGCAGCGGUGGCGACAAAGCCUGCAGCGAGGCCCGAUAAAUCCCAGCCUUCUGCACAACCACGCACAAAUGAUGUGAAUAAGCAAAGUGACGUUGGGAACAAACGCAACAUGUGGGAGACCAAGAAGAGUUCCACGCCAGCCAAAGUGGUGGUUGGAGUCAAAAGCAAAUUUGCCUAAAACAUCAAAUAUUCACUGCCUGCCUUCAAGCUUGAUGUCAAGAAAGGGAUCACAUGACCCGGAUGAACCACUGUUUGUGUGACCUUGACAGCUUUAAACAACAACAACGGUCUGACACGCUGAAGGAGAGCAAACACUGUAAUCACCAUCCAGCCGAGAGGUCGAAAUGUUUCUUCCGCCUUACGAGCUUUUGCAGUUCGCCGUUCCAUUUUGUGACUCAUUGCCGUAUGCGCUCUCACUGCUUUCUGCAAGCUAAUCGAGGCCAGGCAGACUAUAGGCCGCUAAGCUGCGUACAUUUUGUUAUGAAAGGUUUUUUUUCUACUGAUAAGUAAUCAAAGACAACAAAAAAAAUAAUAAUAAUAACUACAAUUGUGAACCAGGGCGGCCCGGUAGUCCAGUGGUUAGCACGUCGGCUUCACAGUGCAGAGGUACCGGGUUCGAUUCCAGCUCCAGCCUCCCUGUGUGGAGUUUGCAUGUUCUCCCCGGGCUUGUGUGGGUUUUCUCCGGGUGCUCCGGUUUCCUCCCACAUUCCAAAAACAUGCAUGGCAGGCUUAUUGGACGCUCUAAAUUGUCCCUAGGUGCGAUUGUGAGCGUGGAUGGUUGUUCGUCUCUGUGUGCCCUGCGAUUGGGUGGCAACUGAUCCGGAGGUGUCCCCCGCCUACUGCCCGAAGAUGGCUGGGAUAGGCUCCAGCACCCCCCGCGACCCUAGUGAGGAUUAAGCGGUUCAGAAAAUGGAUGGAUGGAUGGAAAAUUGUGAACCGUUGAAUGUGCUAAUUGCACUUGGGGUAUUGAGGAAAGAGAAAAUCGCAACCACUGAGUUUAUUAUUAUUCAAUUGAAUAUUUUAACUAUUAUUAUAUGAAAUUUGCGCAACCCCAAAAUGUUUUUGAGACUCGUCAUGGAUCACUUUGACAAAAAAAUGACAUUCCGACUAGACAGAAUUGGUGUCGAUGCUAAUGUCAAUGCGAAUAUAGUCUAAACGUCACCGUGUUGUCAUGCAGCUGGCGUUUCAUGUUUUAAUUCUCUCAAAAAAAAAGCUCACUUCAUUUAAAAAAUACAUCAAUUGUUUAAAAAAAAAAGAGUGAAAUAAUGUGCUAAUUGGAAAAUAUAUGUUCAUGCAGAUCAACUAGCACUUGACGCUAAUGCUAUUGUGGAUCAAAUGAAAAGCUAUCAAAAAAAUGUUUCUUAAUAUACCGUAUGUAUAUAUCACACUAAAUUGCACUGAACUCACUAACUUCUUGUUAUGUUGUGGGUCAAAUUUACCCAUUUUAAUGUCAUAAAUUAGGGAAGCCAACCCCAAAUAUUUUCUUGAAUAUGAAGAAUAUGUUCUAUGCAGCUCCACGAGUCUGAAACAUUCUGAUUGACCUUGUAUUGGUGGAAUAUGUAACAAAAUCCAACCGUUUUUGUUCAUCUCAGGGGGGCGGCCAUUUUGGCACUUGUUGCCGACUGAAAAAGACAUCACCGUCCUUCAGGGGCUCAGGUAAGGACCAAUCACGGCUCAGCUAGAGAAAGCCGGUGAGCUAUGAGUGGUUCUUACCUGAGCAACUGCGAUUGAAAGUGGCAAAAUGGCAGAGAUGGCUAAAAACGUCUGGAUUUUGCUGCCUCACUCAUAUUCCACAAACUCAAUAGGAAUCCGAAAGGCGUUUUGGGACAAGUGAAAGGGCAUCGAACAUUGUUGACUUCCCCUUUAAAAGCUUUUUCGUUAUGAGACUUUUUGCUGAUUGUCUUUGAGCUAUUCCACUGAAUUUUUCUAUCUAUACUGUGUUUACAAUGACUCCGCAUUUUUUAUUUAGCUUGUGGCAUGCGUCUUCAAAGUGUGUUUCUCUCAGGCUGCAUCCACAUGAACACAAGUGUUGGAACACAAGACAAAUUGUCUCUCUUGGCCUAAAACAAUCAUUUCAUUACCAAUACAUGGAUGGCAAUAAUGUUAGCUAGCGCGACAAAGCAAGCUAGUUGCUUAGACGUACGUAUAUCUUUAAGUUGAGGUUCAAUGUGCAAAGCACUACUUAUGUCUACAUGAAACUCCUCAACUCACUUCAAUUGGUGAGAUUUUCCAGUGAAAAAAAAACAAACAAAAAAAAAGGAUUCGGACACCCCACCGCCCAAUGCUUCCUUGAGACCAAUUCCGACUUUUGAUUUAGCCAGGGUUUUGGCGCCAUCUUGUGGCAACUUUGGCC